AUGGCUAACGACUAUGUUUCCUUUGUUCUAAAAUGGCUGCUUCUGCUUCUUCAACUUGUCUUCUUGAUUCAAAAUGCUGAUUCUUUCUCUAUCGUCAAGUAUCUUCCUGGUUUUGAUGGCCCUCUCCCAUUUGAGCUAGAAACCGGUUACAUUGGUGUUGGGGAGAAGGAGGAAGUGCAAUUGUUCUACUACUUCAUCAAGUCUGAGAGGAACCCUGAAGAAGACCCUCUUCUUCUCUGGUUAAGUGGAGGACCUGGCUGCUCUUCCAUCUCUGGCCUUUUAUUUGAGAAUGGGCCUAUGGCUAUGAAGCUUGAUGUUUACAAUGGAACCGUCCCAUCUUUGGUUUCUACUACAUACUCAUGGACAAAGACUUCGAGCAUUAUAUACUUGGAUCAGCCCGUUGGUACUGGCUUCUCCUACUCAAAAACUCAUCUUAUUGAUAAAUCAAGUGAUUCAGGAGAGGCCAAACGGAUCCAUGAGUUUCUUCAAAAGUGGCUAGGAAACCAUGAAGAGUUUUUCUCUAACCCUUUCUAUGUUGGGGGAGAUUCUUAUUCCGGUAUGGUUGUUCCGGCUCUCGUUCAAGAAAUUUCAAAAGGUAUCAUUAAAGACAUCAUGUUUCAACAGGGUUAUGUGCUCGGUAACCCGAAAACAGAAUCUGAGAUUGAUUUUAACUACCGCAUUCCAUUUGCUCACGGAAUGGCAUUGAUCUCUGAUGAGCUCUAUGUGUCACUGAAGAGAGUCUGCCAAGGAAAAUAUAUCAAUGUUGAUCCAUGUAACACAGAAUGCUUGAAACUCGUUGAAGAAUAUAAUAAGUGUACAAAGAUGAUAACCCCUUAUCUUAUAUUAGAACCAGCGUGCGCAUCUGAAACUCCAGAUUGCUACAUUUAUCGAUAUGUGCUAGCUACCUACUGGGCCAAUGACGAAAGCGUACGCAAAGCUCUUCAUAUCACUAAGGGGAGUAUAGAAGAAUGGGCACGAUGUAAUAGACAUAUUCCUUACACUAAUGACAUUAUAAGUAGCGUACCUUACCAUAUGAAUAAUAGCAUCAGUGGCUAUCGCUCUCUCAUCUUCAGCGGUGAUCACGAUAUGGUAGUGCCUUACUCGGGAACUCAAGCCUGGAUAAGAUCUCUCAACUACUCCAUCGUUGAUGAUUGGAGGCCAUGGUUGAUCAACGAUCAAAUCGCUGGAUAUACAAGGACUUAUGCAAAUAAGAUGACAUUUACUACUAUCAAAGCAAAUCCAAUAACGUGUCCUGUCAUUAAAGGCCACAUUGACUUGGAAAUACAAAUGGCUAACGACUAUGUUUCCUCUGUUCUGAAAUGGCUGCUUCUGCUUCUUCAACUUGUCCUCUUGAUUCAAACUGCUGUUUCUGCCUCUAUCAUCAAGUAUCUCCCUGGUUUUGAUGGCCCUCUCCCAUUUGAGCUUGAAACCGGUUACAUUGGUGUUGGUGAGAAGGAGGUAGUGCAAUUGUUCUACUACUUCAUCAAGUCUGAGAGGAACCCUGAAGAAGACCCUCUUCUUAUCUGGCUAAGUGGAGGACCUGGCUGCUCUUCCAUCUCUGGCCUUUUAUUUGAGAAUGGGCCUCUGGCUAUGAAGCUUGAUGUUUACAAUGGAACCGUCCCAUCUUUGGUCUCUACUACAUACUCAUGGACAAAGACUUCAAGCAUAAUAUACUUGGAGCAGCCUGUUGGAACUGGCUUCUCUUACUCAAGAACCCAUCUUUUUAACAAACCUAGUGAUUCAGGAGAGGCCAAACGAAUCCAUGAGUUUCUUCAAAAGUGGCUAGACAAGCAUCAAGAGUUUUUCUCCAACCCUGUUUAUGUCGGAGGAGAUUCUUAUUCCGGUAUGGUUGUUCCGGCUCUCGUUCAUGAAAUCUCAAAAGGUAUAUAUGUUUGUUUUUAUGGUUACGUGCUCGGUAAUCCAAUAACAGAACCUAAAACUGAUUAUAACUACCGUAUUCCAUAUGCUCAUGGUAUGGCGUUCAUCUCUGAUGAACUCUACGAGUCACUGAAAAGAACAUGCAAAGGAGAAUAUGUAAAUGUUGAUCCACGUAACACAGAAUGCUUGAAACUCGUUGAGGAAUAUCAUAAGAUUUAUCGCUAUUUGUUAGCUACCUACUGGGUCAAUGACAAAACCGUACGCAAAGCUCUUCAAAUCAAGGAGGAGAGUAUAGAAGAAUGGGUACGAUGUAAUAGACAUAUUCCUUACACUAAGGACAUUAUAAGCAGCGUACCUUACCAUAAGAACAACAGUAUCAAUGGAUAUCGUUCUCUCAUCUUCAGUGGGGAUCACGAUAUGGCAGUGCCUUACCUUGGAACCCAAGCUUGGAUAAGGUCUCUCAACUAUUCUAUUAUUGAUGACUGGAGGCCAUGGAUGAUCAAUAAUCAAAUCGCUGGGAAGGUGGGCAUACGCCAGAGUACAAACCAGAGGAAAGCUUUAUCAUGUUUCAAAGGUGGAUCAACGGCCAACCUCUCUGGAUGGUAUCAAAUUCAGUGA